AGAGCUCACCAUCCAGGUGUCCCAUCCCCCAAGUUUAAAUUGAAUCGUUUAUCUUUUUAUGGUUGAGUUCUAAGAGUUCUUUUUAUGGUACAGAUGCUAGACCCUUAUCUGACAUGAUUUGCAAGUAUUUUCUUCCAUUUUGAGAAUAGUCUUUUCACUUUCUGGGUAGUGUGCAUGAGUCCAUUUUUAUAGAGAGUAAGAGAUACACCUCUUUCAUGAAAAAGCAACAACAACAACAACAGAUCUGAACAAAUACCCUCCUAAACCACUGCUCGUUAUUUCUGGGUAGUUUGGAUUGUCACUAUUUUGUUCUUUCUGAAUUAACUGAGGCAAUGCUUUCCAAGCUUACUAAGUUUGCAGAUCGGCAAAUGGAAAGUGAAAGUUUCCAAUCAUUCGUGUUAUCACGGCUUCCAUGCCUCCUGUAAAGAAUGGGAAGCACUGGACAUUUAGGGGGUUUCUGGGUUAGGGUGCUGUCCGGAGAUCCGGGACAGGUGGGUAGUCCCAGCUCCUACGCUUGUCAUUCUGUUUUGUUUCUGCUGCUCACUGGGAUGCACCUUGGGAAAAGGAAACUGAAACCGAAGCUAAAUUCAGCCACUGGUGAGGCUCUCUCCCCGACACUCCCCCUGACGUGCACAGCUCAGGUUCAUAAAAGGGGGGAGCAGGAGAGGAGCUGGAGGCUGAGAGGCUGCAAACGGGUCUGUGUCUGUGGAGCACCGGGUGCCAGAGCCCACGGCCAUGGCGGGGAACCUGAAGGUGAAGACGCUGGGGGGCGAGGAGUUCCUGGUCCCCCUGAGGGUCUCCAUGCUGGUGUCGGAGCUGAAGCAGCAGAUAGCCCAGAAAACUGACGUGCCUGCAUUCCAGCAGCGCCUGGCUACCUACCCCGACGGCCGGGUGCUGAAGGACGGGGUCCCCCUCACCAGCCAGGGCCUGUGUCCGGGCAGUACGGUCUUGCUGGUGGUGCAGAGCUGUGACGAGCCCCUGAGCAUCCUGGUGAGAAACGACAAGGGUCGCAGCACCGCCUACGAGGUCCGGCUGACGCAGACGGUGGCCGAGCUCAAGCAGCAGGUGUGCGGGCAGGAGCAUGUGCAGGCUGACCUGUUCUGGCUGAGUUUCCAGGGGAAGCCCAUGGAAGACCCACACCGGCUGGGGGACUAUGGCCUCACACCCCAGUGCACUGUGUUCAUGAAUUUACGCCUGCGGGGGGGGCGCAGGGGGGAGUGGGCAGGGCCAGGAGGGCAGCACCGAGGGCCACCCACCUGAGUCCCUGACCAAGUGCGAGUAAUAAAAGUUGACGCAAUAUUAAA